AUGCUCCGUUCCCUCCGCCCUGCCCGCCAGACCCUCCUGCGCGCCACCCAGCAGCAGCAGCGCCGUAACCUCUCCAUCCACGAGUACCAGUCGUACCAGCUCCUCAACGACUACGGAAUCCCCACUCCUCUUGGCAAGCCCGCCCGCACCCCCGACGAGGCCUACGACCUCACCAACAAGUUUGAGAAGGACGGAAAGAAUGUCGUCGUCAAGGCUCAGGUCCUCGCUGGAGGACGUGGAAAGGGCCACUUCGACACUGGCUUCCAGGGCGGUGUUCACAUGGCCGACUCCGCCGAGCAGGCCAAGGAGCUCGCCGACCAGAUGAUCGGCCACAAGCUCAUCUCCAAGCAGACCGGCGCCGGUGGCCGCAUCUGCAACGCCGUCAUGAUUGCCGAGCGCACUCCCAAGGCUAAGGAGUACUACGCCGCCGUCCUCUCGGACCGUGCCCGUGGAUGCCCCGUCAUUGUCGCCUCGAACCAGGGUGGUAUGAACAUUGAGGACGUUGCCCACGACACCCCCGAGGCUAUCAUCACCACCAACCUCGACUUUGACAACGGCAUUGACCACGCCUCGGCCGUCAAGCUCGCCGAGCAGCUCGGCUUUGCCCCCGCCGCCCGUGACAACGCGGCCGAGAUCUUCCAGCGCCUCUACACCAUCUUCAAGGAGAAGGACGCUACGCAGAUUGAGAUCAACCCCCUUGGCGAGUUCCCCGACGGAAAGGUUCUCUGCAUGGACGCCAAGUUUGGUUUCGACGACAACGCCGACUUCCGCCAGAAGGACGUCUUUGCUCUCCGCGACAAGUCGCAGGAGGACCCCGAUGAGGUCAAGGCCGCCGAGUUCGGCCUCAACUUCAUCAAGCUUGACGGUGACAUUGGCUGUCUCGUCAACGGUGCUGGUCUCGCCAUGGCCACCAUGGACGUUCUGAACCUGCACGGCGGCAACCCCGCCAACUUCCUCGACGUUGGUGGUGGUGCCACCGCUGAGGCCGUCAAGGAGGCGUUCAAGCUCAUCCUGUCCGCUCCCCAGGUCAAGUCGAUCUUUGUCAACAUCUUUGGUGGAAUCAUGCGCUGCGACGUUAUUGCCGAGGGCAUCAUCAAGGCGACGACCGAGCUCGAGCUCAAGAUCCCCGUCGUCGUCCGUCUGCAGGGAACGAAGGAGGCCGAGGCCAAGAAGCUCAUCAAGGAGUCUGGCCUCAAGAUUUACGCCAACGACAACCUCGACGACGCCGCCGCCGAGGCCGUCAAGCUCGCCGCCGAGGGCGCCCCGCACAAGUAG